AUGCAGAGCGUUAUCGUCCCCGGCCCUCAAAGCAUCCACAUCCCUCCUUUCAACGCCCAGUCUUUCUACCAAAGCACACCCUCCCUCGAUGAGCCCAGCGAGCUCGCUGUCACCAUCGGUGGACCGCAUGGGCACAUCGGGUGGGAAUACAUCCGCACGCUCGUCUACCGCUUCCUCGAGACCCGUGCGCACGCCCGCGCCAACACGCUCAACGUCGACUGGCGCCACACACCCGCGGACCGCGAAGGCCGGCGCGGACGCACGGUCCUCAAGGCGUUGUUCUUCGCCCUCGGUAGGCCCGCCGUUAUCGAGAACAACCCCACUGGCCCGCUUUCCGUCCCGCACGCUCUCGGGUCGUUUCGCCGCUUCUCUAUCGCUGUACCGGAGGCGGUGGCUGAUUUGGGGUGGUAUGAUUUCGAUGGCCAGCCGUCCCAGCAAGACGAUAGCGUCGACCUUCGGAGGGCAUCGCGCCUCGAAGAGCUCGUCUGGAGUGGCGACUUCCUCGUUCUCACUGGGAAGUUUAUCAACCUCCCGUACCACCAACUUUCGUCGCUGAGUGUGACGGGGUGUGUGAUGACCGUACAGGACGCGGUCUCGCUUUUGCACUCGUGCCCCAACGUGCGCAUCGUCGAGCUGGGAACGAUCGACGACGCCGCCGCGAGGGAGAGGAACGGUCGGAGUAUGGUGCGGCCCAGUCGGAUGGAACGCGUUAUGUUCUCUGAGCUUUCGCUGCUCAUGAUUGAGUCGGGGGAACCCAUCAAAGGCCUCCUUGACCGCCUCGCUUGGCGCUCUCUUGAAGAGCUCGCGCUGGUGCUACAAGGCAACGGCACGAAGGGUGCGGCUGCUUGCCUCAUCCACCUUAACGGAGUGGAUAGCCUGGAAUUGACUGGCAAUUUUGCAAAGGAGGAGUUGAAGAAGAUUGCUCGACGGUACCCUUCGCUGAUGUAUAACCCUUCAUGA